CCGUGCAGGCCCCGCCCCUGCCUCCUCCCCUCCCCUCUCGCUGCUCCCGGAGUAGUUGGUGCCAGUGAAGUGAGGGCGGCGAUGAGAGCGAAAGUUGCGCUCGGCUCGGCGCUGGGGGCUUGAACCGGCUCCGCGCUCUGCCUGUCUGGGCCUCCCCGUGCUCGGACUCGCGCCCGUGGGGUCCCGGCCCGCCCGCCUGGCCCUGCGCCCGCCCCGCACCCCCUCCCCCGGCUUUGCGCCCCCUCCUCAGGAGUCGCGGGUCCCCGCCACUUUCGCACAGCCCCGGCCCCCGUCGAUGCCGGCCAUGGUGGAGAAGGGCCCCGAGGUCUCAGGGAAGCGGAGAGGGAGGAACAACGCGGCCGCUGCCGCCUCCGCCGCCGCCGCCGCUGCCUCCGCCGCCGCCGCCUCGGCCGCCUGCGCCUCGCCCGCCGCCGCCGCCGCCUCGGCCGCCGCCGCCGCCUCCUCCGCCUCGACCGCCGCCGCCUCGGCCGCCGCCGCCCCCAAUAAUGGCCAGAAUAAAAGUUUGGCGGCGGCGGCGCCCAAUGGCAACAGCAGCAGCAACUCCUGGGAGGAAGGCAGCUCAGGCUCGUCCAGCGACGAGGAGCACGGUGGAGGCGGCAUGAGGGUCGGACCCCAGUACCAGGCGGUGGUGCCCGACUUCGACCCCGCCAAACUGGCAAGACGCAGUCAAGAACGCGACAAUCUUGGCAUGUUGGUCUGGUCGCCCAAUCAAAAUCUUUCAGAAGCAAAGUUGGAUGAGUACAUUGCCAUUGCCAAAGAAAAGCAUGGGUACAACAUGGAACAGGCUCUUGGGAUGCUCUUCUGGCAUAAACAUAAUAUCGAAAAGUCAUUGGCUGAUUUGCCCAACUUUACCCCUUUCCCAGAUGAGUGGACUGUGGAAGAUAAAGUCUUAUUUGAGCAAGCCUUUAGUUUUCAUGGGAAAACUUUUCAUAGAAUCCAACAAAUGCUUCCUGAUAAAUCUAUAGCAAGUCUGGUAAAAUUUUACUAUUCUUGGAAGAAGACGAGAACUAAAACUAGUGUGAUGGAUCGCCAUGCCCGGAAACAAAAACGGGAGCGGGAGGAGAGUGAGGACGAACUGGAAGAAACAAAUGGAAAUAAUCCCAUUGACAUUGAGGUUGAUCAAAACAAGGAAAGCAAAAAGGAGGUGCCCCCUACUGAGACAGUUCCUCAGGUCAAAAAAGAAAAACAUAGCACACAAGCUAAAAAUAGAGCAAAAAGGAAACCUCCUAAAGGAAUGUUUCUUUCUCAAGAAGAUGUGGAGGCUGUUUCUGCCAAUGCCACUGCUGCCACCACGGUGCUGAGACAACUAGACAUGGAAUUGGUUUCAGUCAAACGACAGAUCCAGAAUAUUAAACAGACAAACAGUGCCCUCAAAGAAAAACUUGAUGGUGGAAUAGAACCAUAUCGACUUCCAGAGGUCAUUCAGAAAUGUAAUGCACGUUGGACUACAGAAGAGCAGCUUCUCGCCGUACAAGCCAUCAGGAAAUACGGCCGAGAUUUUCAGGCAAUCUCAGACGUGAUUGGGAACAAGUCAGUGGUACAAGUGAAAAACUUUUUCGUUAAUUAUCGACGCCGCUUCAACAUAGAUGAAGUUUUACAAGAAUGGGAAGCAGAACAUGGUAAAGAAGAGACCAAUGGGCCCAGUAACCAGAAACCUGUGAAGUCCCCAGAUAAUUCCAUUAAGAUGCCUGAAGAGGAAGACGAGGCUCCUUCUGUUCUGGAUGUCAGAUAUACAUCUGCCUCCUGAGGAACUCUGGUGGCUUUGAACAAUUGGUGUGGACUACUGUGUUAUCCGGGAUAUCAGGUAUUACGAGACAUCACCUAGCCAUCUGCAUCACAUCUCUCUGGACAAGCAGCUAUUACCAAAAAAGGCAUAUCCUUCCAGUCCUGUGCUCCAUCUGCCUUAAUUCUUUGCUCGUUCCUCCAUGUUGGCGCCACUUCCCAGAGAGCUCCACUGCAUCUCUCGCACUCUGCCUCCGUGCCGGGGAAUCUCAUGGCCUGCACAUCUCUUGUGACUCUGGGAACCGCCUCCCCCGCCGGAGCCCCUGAGCCCCAUCAAUGGCAGCUCUUCCCAGUCAGCAGCUUCAGAGCAGGCAGUCUCCUCGGAAGGCCCGACUCUGUUCCUGCAUGGCCUGCAAUUUCUACUUUGUGCAUAGAGUAAUUUUCAGAGUAACCGCGAUGCUGUUGGCGUUCUAGAAAGUUUCUCUUGUUCUUUUCUGAGACAGCCACCUAAGUGAUAAUCUGCUUUUUUUGGAAAUCACAAUAUAUUGCCAGACUACAUCAUAACCUUUAUCAUGCCAAGCAUCCUGAUGCAACUCACAUUUUCCUAAACAUGGGGUAUAGUUACAGUUUAUAAAUUGAGUUGGCUUAAAUCUCUUCCUUCUCCCUUCCCAAGUGUUACAAAGCUCAUUCACUGCAACUGUCCUUGGACACUAGCUUAAAGGGAACGUGGACCUCAAUGCUUUCUGCCUUCAACUUUUCAGCAUUGUGACCCCAGGGUGGGUGCCACCCCAUCUUUUCCUGACCCCCACCCCCACCUCCAAGAGGUUUGGCCCACAUCACUGUACCUGGUGCUUGUACAUUUGGAAUUGGUGCCUUCUCCUUUUGGCAACCAUGGUAUCAAUCCUUUUUCUGUUUUAGUGUCUUAUUUCUUCUUUCAAGUUAUUUGCUAGCCAAAGAUGACAUCACUGAGAUGAGGAGACGGGAGCUUGCUGCAGAUUCUGACAGCGCAGAUUGUAAAUGUCAGUGUCAGAAUAUUAGAACAGCUGCGAUGGUUUCUGAAAGCUGCAUGUUGUUCCGCAUUUUCUCAGUUCGCCUGGCCUUUUAUGUGGCACUCCGUAUGCCAGUGUGUGUCCUUCAUGUGCUGAUGUGAUGACACAAACACCAUCCACACUCUUAAUAUCAGAGUACAGGACAGAGAAGUGAUCAAUGUACUGGUCUAGUGAGACUGAGAUGAAGAGAAAUCACCUACAAAGUGGUCUGUAAUGCCUUUUGGUUGGACUGGGAACAAGUAAAAUUUUCUCAUAAACAUGUUGAGACUUCCAGAAUCACUUUUGUUAUCUUACCAGACCGUGGGCCGCUGAGGGUUGAGGAGCAGACUGUCAGACUGCAUUCUCACAUGCCCUGUUCCCACCCCACGGCCAUUCAGACUGCACUAAAUACGUUGAAGUCGCUUUUGUUGUUGUUUGCAUCAUUUAAAUAUUUUUUUCUGCUUUUAAUACCAAAAAAAAAAAAAAAAUGCAGAUGCUUUAAGGCAUAAACAGAAUUCUUAAGAAUUUAAAAUAUGCAAUUAAAAUUUGAUAUGUUUUGACUCCCAAGCACCUUGUUUUUGUUGUUGUUGUUGUUGAAGUCAGCUGAUUUUCCCUUUAGAAAGAGGGUCAGCUAGAAACCUAGGUAUUUUGGAAUUGUUAAUUGCAUUUUAGUAUAGUCUGGAGAAAGGUCAUUCAAAAGGGAAGUACAAUGGGACUUGCCCGCCCUUCAUCAUCUCAUUCCCGUACCAGGUGUGUGUUGGUCACAUAAGCGCCUGGGAAGCAGCAGAGGAGUCCCAGUUGUCGCUGCUACCUGGAGACAGGGUUAGCAAAAUAACACUAGGGUUGAGGGAAGGCCUUUUUUUUUUUUUUUUUUUUUUUUUUUUUAAAAAACAAAAACAAAAACAAAAAACCAUAAGCCCGCUGUGUACACCGAGGGCGGCGGGAGAAGCAUGAGAAGGAGUCAGCCUAAGUUUGCACAUUGCGUAAAGGGGACACUAAGGUAUGAGCCGAAGCUUUAGGUUCUCCUUGCUUCCCUCAAGACUUCCUUCCUGUAACAGAAGCAGCAGGCAAUUGCUGCACUGCGUUUCUUGCCCUGCCAGUAGGUCUGUAUCUCCCGUAAGGAAAAAUAGCCUGAUCCCUUCUGGCAGCAUUUGGAAGCUUGAUGCUAAUUCUUACAUAGCGUGGCAAGCCAGCCACGAGUGCCAGGCCUUGAUCUGUAUUCUGCACUAUGCCCUUACUUGGUUCCUGGCACUGAGUGGUCCCCCAGCCCUGAAGAAUCACUUGAGAUCAUCACAGCAGCUGAACUAGGCUUUCUCCCCAAGGGGCAGGGGCAUGUCGUUUUCAUUUGACGGGGAAAAGAGGUAGCUGUCCUUGACUGCCUUUGUUGUGGUUUCCUGCGUAAGAUAGCACUGUGUUUUCAACUUUUUUUCAUUACACUGUCUUUGCAAUGAUGUAAAUGUAAGAAAUCACUUGGCUUUAAAAGCGAAGUGGUUGGUUAUUUAUGUGAAGACUUUUUAACAUAUCAAGAAUUAGGUGCGUUGGCAGGUAGGGUUUGGGAUGUGGUAACUGCUUCAGAUGGAAUGUUCACUUAAGCUUUGUCUUCUUAAAAGUUAUCAAUGUGAAUGUCAUAAUUAUAUAUAUUUUUGUGGAAAUUUUUCUCAUAAGUUAUUGUGCAAAAUAUAGUAUCAUUGAUGCAAAUAAUAGUUUUAAACUUUUAGUUUAGAAACCCUAAAAGAUAUAAAUUGUAUUACAUAUGCAUUAAAAGUUUGUUUUAUUUAAUUUUAUGUAGAUGUGUAAAGUGUUAGGUAAACUUUUUUUCACUUAUCCAUUUAAACACCUUGUUACUUGAAUAUUGUGUUGACUGGUCUGCAACAGUGAUCCAUUCUGUAAUAUAGCUCUUUUAACUGGGAAGGAACCACGCCCCAGUUGUGCUGAUUACAUUCGUGGUGGCUCACAGGUGGGUGCUGGUGUUGGCAGGAGCCAGAGGUUGGUGUAACGCAAUGCUGCGUUAUCUUGGUGCACAGAAUUUGUGGAGACGCCGCUUCCUCAAAAUGGUUUUUGAUCAUUUUUUAUCUAUAAGACCUUUUGAUGCUCACAAACCUCUAUUCAACACACAAAACAAAAAUGAAAAGGUAGUUGGGUUGUAAAAGCUUACUGUGGUGGACUCAUUAAGCAGUGGUUUUCUGUUCAUAGAAAGUUUCCUCAGAUACCACACACCACUGUUAACUGUGCUCAUUGUCACUUUAAAUUUCAACUAUACCCUGUUUUUGUCAUUCUAAAUAUCAGACGUACUAUUGGUAUAAUUGCACACCAAAAAUCAGCCAAACUGUGCAUUACGCUGACUGGAUCCCUGCUUUUAUGUGAGCUAAGAAAAGAUGGAGCCAACUCCAACAAGGGCCUCUUUUUCUCUCUUGUCUAGCCUGUUUCUAAACCGAAUGACCCAGGAUUCAAGCUUUUAGUAUCAAGUGAAACUUUGCCUCAGAUGGACUCCAGGUAGUUUAGGUCAUCUAUAUCUAGCGGUCCUGUGCGAUGCUGUUUCUGCCACUCCCUGAAUCUCCGCAGCUUCUCUUAUGUUGUAGUAAAGCACAAUUGCAGCGACGUCGCAUCAGAAGAAGGAAGGUCAGCAGAGGUGAUGCAUGUUGUAUGAUGAUGAGUGUUUACAGCCACCUUCUCCUAAGAAGAAAAUUUACACUGGGGUGGGUAGUAUUCCAUUAUGUAGACUUAGCGACUUUGCUAAGUGCUUUUUAGACUGCUUAAAAAAUUUUCAAGAUUUUAAAAGAUGUAUAAGGUUAAGUUUGCAAAUAUAAUGGAAAUGCUGUAUAUCUUUUGAAGUGAUAAAAUCCACGUUGGAAUUUUAAAGAAAAUAUGCUGUAAUAAUGCUGUUGUAAGUAAUAUUUUAAUGUCUCUUUGCCUGUUUUCUAUUUCAGCACAUUCAUUGUGGUGAAUGUUCAUAGCAUUAUAACUGCUUAGCCAUUGAAUGAUAACAUUUGUUAGUGGAAAUUGGAAAAUUUAUUUGUGAAAUUCUGCAGAAUUCAUUUUUCUAUUUCCAAUAUUUGCUGAGGUUAAAUAAAAAUUUUCAAGCCAUUGAUGUAA